GUGUGUGUGUUUCUCUUGCAGUGUUCACUGUUUUCUCGUUCACUUGCGUCAUUGAUCUGAUCAUCUCUCUGGAACAAGACGGCGUCAUCAGUGGCUUCAUGGACUUCUACAUCAAGGAGGGAGAGCCCUACCUGCGCACUCCUUAUGGGAGGAUGAUCUGUUACUGGGACGGCACGGUGCACUACGCUCUGUACCUCAUGAUGGUGACGAGGAUAUCAAAAAGACAGGGCUACCGCAGCGCCGGUCUCUACUGGCUGGGCUCCAUCCUUCUCAGUAUGAUCGUCUUCCUGGCUGGGAACGUAGUUGGUAAAUACGGCUCUGACAUCCGUCCCGCCUUCCUGUUGAACAUCCCCUUCCUCUUCCUGCCGGUGUGGGCGGGGGUGAAAGUGUCCCAGAAAUCCCGGAACCUGACGCCCAAAGCUGCUGACGAGGUUGCUGUUGAACAGCAGAAACUGCCUCACCAGCGCCCCCUAGAUCUGCUCCUGCUCGUGUUCCUGUUCUCCGCCAUCGCCUACACCCUCUUCAGAGGAUUCGUGGCCCUCGAGUGCCCUUUAGAGUCCUGCUUCAACUACCUCUACCAGUACGAGCCCUACCUGAAAGAUCCCGUAGCCUACCCCAAGGUCCAGAUGCUGGUGUACCUGUUCUAUGCACUGCCCCUGCUCUGCCUCUUUGUCUACGGGCUGCUGAAGCCUGGUUGCAUUUGGAUGCUGGACUGGACCCUUGUCUUCGCAGGAGCUGUAGCCCAGGCUCAGUUCACACACAUCGGGGGGUCCCUGCACCCCUGGACCCCCUACACAUACCGGGUCCCCGAGGAGACGGUGUGGCCCUUUCUGCUGAUGAACCUCCUGUAUGCUGUGGGACCCCAGAUCCUGGCCCUGCGUUGCCUGAUGCACCCCGAAUUCUUCCUGAGCCCUGCGGCCCUCAGAGAGGCAGACCAAGACAAGAAGCUCCAAUAACUGCAGACCGGACCUCUCCUUGCUUCUCUGGGCUGGACUUCGAAGUCAUAGCCAUUCAUUGUCUGAGAUCAGUGCAUCUCAAAUGGGGCCCACCAAUCCCCAUAGUCUUCAUUGGUUAAAGCUUAAAAUGUAUUGGAAUUCAGAACUUCAGCCACCCAAACAGCUUGCUAAUCUUGAUGCAGGUUAUUAUGAACGAUGAUCACAUUAUUAGCUUUAACCUUUCCAUAUAUAUUUAAAAAUGUGUUUUUAUUAUUAUUAUUGUUGUUGUUGUAGGGAGUUUUGGUGCUAAGUCAUGUGUGUAAUGGUUUCAUUCAGUUAGCACUCUUAGUUACAAAUUUCUCCCAAAUGAGUUCAAGAUCGCCAGGAAAGAAUUGCACAAUAAAAUAUCCAACGCUGUUCUAUCUUUUAUAAAUGUUAUCAAAAGUAGGAAAGAAGAUUGAUCUCAAAAUAGCAGGAAUCGCAUUCCUCUCGGCAAGCAAGAAUGGUCGUGCAACAUCUCAGUUCAGCGUAAAUGCCAAUUCCAUGUGAAAGCUGGGAAAACAUGAAUGGUCUAUAAUUUGUCUACUCUGUAAGAACUGAUUAUAUUCUUAAGUCAGUAAGAUAACCUCUUGUGUUAUCUCCUCUCCCCUUGCACUAGAAAGUAAAGGUGCUGGAGUGCAUUCCCUGUCUUUGUAAAACUGGAUCUUUGUUCUAAAAAAGGUGAACACCUAAACUUCAAACGUGCCUGUUGAGGCACGUUUCUGCAGAGCACAGUUACAGCAAUACUAAAGAUUGACUGUGGUAAAUGUGCACUGUGCUUUGCUGUGAUUUACGUCUUUGCCAUUCUUUACCAAGAGUCUGUGUAGUUUUAGAGGGAUCUUGUUUUAUUGUUUCAUUUUUUAUUUGCAUGCUGUUGAAUAUGAAGUGCCUGCAGGUGGGAUAGCUGCACCUAAUAAAAUCCCAACCUUGAUAAACCUUUAAAAGCUAUAUUUAAAACUGCCUGGGCUGCUGCACCUUUGCCUCUGCUGGCGUUCCUCCUCUUUAUCUGUUCAUCCAUUGGAGAAUGCAAUCAAGACUUCGCCUCUGGUGAUUAGAAAAGGAGGCCAGUUCCUUCCCAACCAGCCCAGCAUCUGUGGCUGCGUAAAACCCAUCUCUCUGCACCGCAGUCUUUGACCUUCAUAGAAACCUAAUGUAUGCAUAAUGGCAGAUGUCUAGAAAAGGGAUCCACAGCUACACCUGCAGCUGUAGUCAUUUUUAUACCUUUUGCUACUCCCUCUCCUGUGUCACAGUUUUUAAAACUAAUGGCACUAAUAACGUGUUACAAAUGUAUGUGAUAGAGGAUGUGUAUCUGCAUGUUACUUAUACCCUGUUAAGGUGGAACCCAGUAACACUAGUCUAUCCACGUGACAUUACAGUGAAAGGCUAGCAAGCACAGAGGUGAAUGCAGUAUAUUGCACAUUCUCUGAAUUUGCAGUCUCCUAGUUGGAGGGCUCUCAUUAAAAAUUCUCCUGCUGUCGUUAGACACUGGCAGAUGUCCACGAAAACGAACCUCACAGUAUGGGUUCAAGCGAUUUUAUUUUCAGGACAUUCCCACAGCAAAGACCUUGAAAAUUAACUUUGUGCUCCACGCAGAGACAGCCAGACAAGCUGUAUUAAUCACCUGCUUUAGUGUUGGCAGAGAACGCACAGAACCCUGCUGUAACACAGGUAAAGGACAGUGGGCUGUAAGAUGGGAAUUUUGCCCAACAUUAAAAUAUUUCCAAUGG